AUGGGCUUGGACGAGCGUUGUGCUCUCGAAGCACUGAGAGAGAAUAACACCACCAUAGAGGUCUGGCAGGAUGACUGUGAUGAUAUGAGCUUUGGCGAUAUCUGGAAUGGGACCGAACCGCUCGCUAUCAGUCAUGCUGGCGGCGAGUUCACUGACCUUGCAAGAGAGGUGUUAGGAGACUUCUGGAAAAUCUCUGCACUGGUGCGUCAAGGUGUAAUGCCGUGCUCGCCUAUAUCACCAACUGUAGGCAUAACCACAGAAGCACUUGACUUAUAUCGUGUAGCGCAUCUCAGGAGUCCUCACUUGUCUAUCCAGGCUUUUGUGAAAACUGUGUGCGACUUGCAAGGGGUGGAAUUUCAUAGACAUCUAUCCCGUCAAUUUUCCAUCGCAUUCGACUUAUUCCUUCAAAUUCGACGCUCCGUGGCAGCCCUCGUAGCCGAAUCGCUUCAACGCAACUCACCCAACUGGCACCUUAAGCAUGCGUGUCCUGCAUGUAUGUAUGAACUCAAGGAUGAAGAGGAACUAACAUUCAGGCUGCUGUAUGCUAUGGACGGUAACGACUCCUUAAAGCGAGUCCUUCGGAGAUCUCUGGAUCAUGAUGCCAAUGACUGUGUCGCUCCCUCAUCUGAAGUUCCUAUGGGCCAACAAUUCACAAGUGAUCGUUACUUACCUCGCGCAUUUACGAAGAAGGCUUGGGGGAUAUAUGAUGAAACAGGUGUAUUCGUGGCUGUCUGCCGCCACGGGUUUUCUCUACUUAUUGCAGACAUGGUACAAAGCGGUGAGCUCACGAAGUACCCGUUGGCUGUCGUGUCAAAGUUGAUGGACGUAUUUGGGAAAAAUCUGGGCGGUGGGUAUGAUAUUGGUUGUCAGUUCAAAACGACACUCGACCAGAGCUCCCUUGGACCACUCGCACGCUCACUUCAACACACCUGCCUGGUUGGCGCCUUCCACGGACAUGCCCACAGGCGCUUGUGCCAGUUGUUUUCGCUUACAACGUACAUCAAGGGUCUAGGCCUCGAGGAUCUCGAAACCUGUGAAAGGACAUUCUCAAAAUCAAAUUCUCUGGCAUCUGUGCUGCGCUAUGCAAGCGUGUUCCAUCGGCAACAAGCCAUCGACUCUUAUUUCAAGCACACUGACGACUUCGAGGUCUACGCUCAUCGUUCGAAUUUUUUGCAUGGGAACUACAAGCAAGCACUGGACAUCUUGAAUGAUGGCAAUGCAACUCUACCGAGGCUCAUGCAAGACCUAGGACUCACGGACGAGAGUAUUUUCGAGUGCUGGAUAGAAGAGGAAAAGGUCUACCUUCAAGGUCUAACGCGAGAGCCUGAAAAUGAAACCCUCCAGAUGGAGUACUGGCAAAGGCUGGUAAAUUUAACUGCAAGCGAGGAGGCUCUCAAAGCUGCAAUGGCAGCCUUCCAGGUGUAUUCUCACGAGGAUGUUACAUCGUAUGACGUCCAGAUGCAACAUACCCGCAAGGCCGAAACCGCACGGCGUCAUGCUGUCGAGGACCACGAGAGGAAUUUGAAGCUCAUUCAAGUGCUCGAGUGUAAGCUCGAGAUCGUGACGCGCUGGACUCCUGCAGAUGCAGAUUGGCAGAGGGUGGGGAGGCUCGUUGCUCAGAGGAAGUACCAGCGUGCACUGGAUCGACUCGAAGGUUUGGUCGUAGCACGUAUAUUUGAACUAUCAAAGAUGAACCGGGCAGGUACAGGCUACAAACUACGUAAACACAUCGCCAAAGCAUUACAGACACGCUCUGUCGCCAUCAAAACUGCCCUCAACACAUACAAUACCAUCGCAGAAGCAAUGCACCCUCCCCGCCAAACGCUGAAGUGGGAAGAGGUCGUGGAGUAUGCGUUUCUCGCCGACUUUGACCUCCUACGCGACACACGUGCGGACGUCUCUCAACGGCCUUGGUCAUCGGCUGCUGCUCGCAGUGUGAUGGACUUGUACUUCAAGAUGUGUCAGGCGCGGGAGGAAAUUCAGCGCUUGAAUGUGGAGGUACGGCGUCUAGUAACUUACAUCCGAGAUGAAGACAAGUAUUUGCGGACGUGCGAGGAUCAGUUGAAGGUGACCAGUCCAGCCAUUGCCCAUCAAAUUGCCAUACAUCGAAACGCUCGAGGACGAUUCAAUUCGCGCCACCUGAGGCGGCUCCAUGAGAUAUCGAAGCUUCCUGGUUUCAGCGGGACAAUAGUCCCAGGUGUAAGUACUAAUACAAGUCUUGGGGAAAGCUGCAGCACACCAAACGCGCAGGUCCCAUCGCGACUGCUUGCCGAACACAUACCUUUUAAUAGACCAUCUACAGUAGACCCAGAUACCCCAGAUGACCUUGAUGAUGAGGAGCAGGCAGAGGAGGUGGAAGAGGAAGCAUUGAAGAGCCUGCAAGACGUCCUCCGCGUCGCCGAUGAUUUCUUGCGACUGGACCUUCUUGACCAUGAGGUUUAUGAGGAGUAG